UCAGAAUUUUGGUUUUUUUUUUUUUUUUUAUCAAGCACCAAGUUCUCAGCGAAAUCAAGGAAUCGAAAACUCAGAAGAGAACUCAGAGAAGAAAUUUCUUCAGCUGUUUCACAAUGUCUCGGAGGUAUGAUAGUCGCACCACGAUCUUCUCACCGGAAGGUCGUCUUUACCAAGUUGAAUAUGCUAUGGAAGCUAUUGGCAAUGCUGGUUCUGCGAUUGGAAUCUUGGCAAAAGAUGGAGUUGUGUUGGUUGGUGAGAAGAAAGUCACUUCUAAACUUCUUCAAACCUCUAUGUCCACGGAGAAAAUGUACAAGAUCGAUGACCAUGUGGCUUGUGCUGUGGCUGGUAUAAUGUCUGAUGCCAACAUUCUGAUUAACACUGCUCGAGUUCAAGCUCAGCGUUACACUUUUAUGUACCAAGAGCCAAUGCCCGUUGAGCAGCUGGUUCAGUCUCUCUGUGACACCAAGCAAGGAUACACACAAUUUGGGGGUCUCCGUCCGUUUGGAGUUUCCUUUCUUUUUGCAGGCUGGGACAAGAACCACGGGUUUCAGCUGUAUAUGAGUGACCCAAGCGGAAACUAUGGUGGAUGGAAAGCUGCAGCUGUUGGAGCAAAUAAUCAAGCGGCUCAGUCUAUUCUUAAACAAGACUAUAAGGAUGAUGCAACAAGAGAAGAGGUGGUUCAGCUCGCUAUCAAGGUUUUGAGCAAGACGAUGGACAGCACGAGCUUGACAGCUGAGAAACUCGAGCUUGCUGAGGUGUAUCUGACUCCAUCAGGAAGUGUUAAGUACCAUGUUCACUCGCCUGACUCGCUCACUAAGCUCUUGGUUAAGCAUGGUGUGACCGUGACGCAACCAGCUGCAGAAACUUCCUAGGCUUGAAACUGGUCACGGUUUUACCCGCCCUGCUUGGUUACGGUACCCAACAUUCUGUGUUGUAGUUCUCCAUUUGCUUUCUUUCCCUUUGGAUUUAAAGAUAUCGUAUCAGAAUUCAGAACCAAUUUACCACUCUGAUUAUGUCAUGAAUCAUGAUACAUUCGGUUGAUAUGCAUUUAUCAUUUUAGAGUAAAGUUAGACUUUAGAGGUUUAUUCAAUAAA